CUUUCAGGGGGUAAAAUGUUAGAUGGCUGUAAAAAUAACUUUUGAAAUUUGACACAAUAAUACACUUUAAUCUUUGUUUGUUUUGACCAUAGAAUUAUUAGGUACUUGACAUUUCUUGUAGGAACUGUCAAAACUAAUAUGAAUUAUUUACAAACAGUUUAGCUAGCUAAAUUAGCUAAGCUAGCUUGCGUAUGUAUAGUGAUAUUCUCUGCUAAAUUGAAACUAUGGGUGAUCUCAUCGAGUUUACGAGUUGGCCUCAUCAUCAAAUGAUAUUCUAUAAAAUAACAAGUAGUGCUGUAGCAUUCUCGGUUAAAGGCGAAACGCAUGCUGCUGUCGGAUUAGCUAAAGAGCCGAGCACAGAUUGUGAAUACUGGAUUGUAAUAGAGCACAAUGAGUGUCGGUUGAAAAGGAAUGGCAAGCGCAUAAAACACCUUAGAGAUGUUACCAACAUUAUAAGCAGGCAAGUUUUCACUAAGUUUUGGAUAUCUUGGCAUAAUUCUGUGUUACAAUUUGGCAGAACCAGAGAUGGAGUUCCACUGAUAUCUAAAGAAAUACCUGUGGCAGACAUACAAUAUGUUAUAUUUACUGGUUAUACUGAAAGAGUAUCUCUGCAAUGGAAACUAUACUUGCCACCAAAAUUAGAAAGACUACUGCCAAAAAAGGUGCACGGUGAGUUAGAAUGGAUCAAGGGAGAUAACAUGCUUCCAAAUGGAGCCCUGAUUGGAGGUUAUGAGAAAGAAAUGCUUUAUAUAAUAAGGGCUAAGCACCGAGGUUCAUUGACACCAGGCAAAUUCGUACCAUCCCUUGGAUUAGGCUUUAUUUCAUGGGGUGGUGAAGCACAUGAAAAGAGUGAUUUUGAGGUGCUGUGUGGUUACAAUUGUGUUUGGGUACCAACUAGCGGCAAAUCGAUACCCCAAGGCGCAGUUUUAGCCGGCCACGCGGAAAACACACACGAGCCGCUAUAUGUGGGUCGUGCGAUUGAACACGGCCACCUCAUACCAGGAAAAGUACAGCCUUCACACGAAGUUUGUUACAUACCCUACAAAGAGAGAGAGAUUGCAAAAAAAGUAUACGAAAUCCUGGUUAACCCUCAAGUUGCCAUGGACAGACCGAAUUGUUAUGUUACAGAGCAAUCGGGAGUUAGAUUGGUACAAUCUUUGGGAAAUUGGGAGCAUGAUAGUUACUCUGAAUCAGAAUCAGAAUCAGACUGAGUGUCUUGUAUAAAAAAUGAAAAUAUACCUAUUGUUUAAUAUUAUAAAUAUAUAGUUUAUUUUUA